UUGGAGCUACAGCUGCUGGCCUACACCACAGCCACAGCAACACCAGAUCCUUGAUGCACUGAGUGAGGCACACAACCUCACAACCCACAACCUCAUGAUUCCAGGUUGGAUUCGUUUCCACUGCACUAUGAUGGGAACUCCUCCAUUUCUUUUUUCCACAUUCUCUACCCAACAUCUGCAUUGUAGGAUUGUUGGGAAGAUUACAUACAAUGAGGUAGGCGAGGAAGACACAUCACAAUGCCUGGCAUACAGUAAAGUACUCACAUGUGAGUUAUCACUUGCUGCAAGAGCAGCAGGAGCAACAGUCCUGAGAUUUCCAGAUCCCAGAGUUGAGACUCAGACUCCCCAGGCAGGAGGGGACCCUGUGCCUUCUGCUUUAUUUCCCCUGCCACUAUCACCUCUAUCUCCUGGCAGCUAAAUCUAUUUCUGAGUCUAGUGGGGACUUAGGUUCCAUUUUUCAGCCAGCCUUGAUAAGAACAAGAUAAACACCAACUGUCAUCAACCACUUUCAGCAGGGCUGGGAGUUAGCCCUCCUUUCCUAGACCCAAGGUCUGGGAGCCUAGCCUACCUGUGGAACUCAAGCUCCUCACUCUUAGCCAGUCCAGAAGUCCCGUGCCCCAGGAGUGGAUCUACGUGGAUAGAGACACAGUAGUUCUUUGGUCUCUGGUCCUACAUGGCAUGAUGGCCCCAUUCUUUGGUCAAGUUUCCAAAGAAGGAAAGACGUGCCUUACAGAGCUGGUGGGGCUGAAGGACUGCAUACAUUUCAAACGUCAAACAGAAGAUACUGCAGCCCUCUGUCCUGUACUUUCCCACUCUGGGCCCCUAGGUCAUUCCCGCCUUCCUUAGCAGUUUCUAUUUUGGACUGUCAUGAUCUUCCAUUCUGAACAAAGUUUCUUCUGUAUUCCAGGUCUGAUUCUUCACCCUUUCUUCAAGAAAAAAAUUUUCAAGUCUUUCUGGAAAUGCAACUAAGAAACUUCAUAUAAAACAAUGCUCCAAUUCACUCAUUUGGUCUGACUGCAUUUUUUAAUUAGAGAUGUGACAUAAGACAUAACAUUGACAUAGGCCAUUAAUACUGAUGUGAGCUGAGGUUACUAGCUUGUGACAGUGUAGAAUACUACUGACAACACAAAGACAUUAAAAACAGAUAUGCUGUCUUAAUUUUGUGACUUCUUUUAUCGUGUCAUCAAUGCAUAGAGUAAAAAAUACGGAGAGAACAUUGGUUUGGGGGAGAGGGAAUCAGGGAAGGAGAAAGACUGCAAAGAGGAAGUCUAGCUAGGGAUUGCUGAAAAAUAUAAAUAGAUGAUGAAGCAAUGAAUCAAGAUUUGUAAGCUGAUAUUUGCAAUUACCCUGAAUGAAUACGUAACCAAAUCACUAAAUAUUAUCAUCUUCCCACAUCUGAAGAUUCCCUGGCCUUAGAAAAUAAUGGUUCUUAUUUCCCCAGCCCACACUAUCUCAUUAAGGCGAGUUAUUUUUGCUAUUGAUUUCAGCACAGAGCUGUCAAACAGGAUGCUUUUCCCUUAGUCUUGGCCCAACUUCCUCCCAGCCUGGAGCCCGGAAGGCAGGCCUAGACAGGGGCAGAGCAGGACACUCUGCUGUGACCUCUCUGGCCACAGCCUCUCACAGGGUGUGGUCACCUGUCAUGAGCGGUAUUCAAAACCAGGAACCAAGGUGUGGUCCAGGCUCCUUUAAGUUCCAGGGCUUGGGGGCUCCUGGUGAGACCCAGAGGAGAGUCCAGAGAGAAGGAUGGAAGGGGGGUGGCCCUUUAGGGGGGGUUUCCUCCUCUGCUUCACUAUCAGCCUUCUGCUUCAAGGAAGAGGCGACGCUUUCACCAUCAACUGCUCAGGCUUUGACCAGCAUGGGGUGGAUCCUGCUGCCUUCCAAGCAGUGUUUGACAGAAAGGCUUUCCGUCCAGUCACCAACUUCAGCGUCCCCACUCAUGUCAACGUCUCCUUCAUUCUGUCUGCCAUCCUGGAAGUGGAUGCACAACUCCAGCUUCUGACAUCACUUCUGUGGGUUACCAUGAUGUGGGACAAUCCUUUCAUCAGCUGGAACCCAGAAGAGUGCAUCAGCAGCAAUAAACUCAGUGUAUUGGUUGAGAACCUGUGGCUCCCAGACAUCCUCGUCAUGGAAUCCGUGGAUGUGGAUCGGGCACCUCCAGGUCUCAACGCAUAUGUCAGCAGUGAAGGUCGAAUACAGUACGACAGGCCAAUGAAGGUGACCAGCAUCUGUAACCUGGACAUCUUCUACUUCCCUUUUGACCAACAGAACUGCACACUCACCUUCAGUUCCUUCCUCCAUACAGUGGACAGCAUGAUCCUGGGCAUGGACAAGGAAUUGGGGAUGAUUACAGACACAUCUCGUAACGUCGUUCAGACCCAGGGGGAGUGGGAGCUCCUGGAUAUCAACAAGGCCACCCCAAAGAUGCAGAUGGGCAGCAACCUAUAUGACCAGAUCAUGUUCUAUGUGGCCAUCAGGCGCAGGCCCACCUUCUACAUCAUAAACCUUCUGGUGCCCAGUAGCUUUCUGGUGGCCAUCGAUGCCCUCAGCUUCUACCUGCCGGCAGAAAGCGAGAACCGUGCCCCAUUCAAGAUAACACUCCUCCUGGGCUACAACGUCUUCCUGCUCAUGAUGAACGACCUACUCCCUGCCAGUGGCACCCCCCUCAUCAGUGUCUACCUUGCCCUGUGUCUGUCACUGAUGGUGGUCAGCCUGCUGGAGACCAUCUUCAUCACCUACCUGCUGCACCUGGCCGCCACCCAGCCCCCACCCCUGCCCCGCUGGCUCCAUACCCUGCUUCUGCACCGCACCAGCCCAAGGAAAUGCUGCCCUGUGGUUGCACCCCAAAGGGGAAACUCGGGUCAGGGCCUCGGUCCCGCCCACCUUCCUGGCACGAAGGAGCCCGUGGAGCUGGUGGGGAAGGGGCCGGGUCCCAGAGAGGCAGAACUAAGUGGGUGCCCUGGGUCAGCGAGCACCCUGCCAGAAGAUGAGGCUCAGAAGCAGCACCUGGUCAGCCUGUGGGUGCAGUGCAGCCACAUGAUGGACUCCCUGCUCUUCCGCCUCUACCUGCUCUUCUUGGCCACCUCCAUUACCACGGUCAUCGUCCUCUGGAACACCUAGGGAGAUGCCCACAUCCACCACUCCUUGUAAGCCACAGGUUGAAGUUCCUCAUGGUCUUAGGGCCAGUCAGACCCAGGCCCUUUCCUAAUCUUAGCCGCUCAUCCCCAGUGACUACCAUGUCCCUUCUAUAUUCCCCAGACUCCAACAGAGCCCUGCUGAGCAAGUUUAGAACUGCCCUAGACAGUCUUCUGACUUCUCAUAUGCCACAGUCUUCAUUCCCACACACUCUCAGUGUUCCUUAGUCACAUCUAACUUCUGACUCCCUUACCACAGAAGGUCUGGGUCAGUGGAGUCUCUCCUUGAUUGAUUGUUUCAAUAAAUGACUUUCUAGGAAGCAUUAUUUCCUCAGGACAUUUACUGUAGCUCCACAAACAGUGGGGUGAAGAGCCCUCUUGCAGAAGCUUUGAUACUUCACCCAAAACAGGUAUAAACUGACUUGAUUUUAAGUCUCUGAGAUACUUUCAGAGUUUUAAAGGAAUGAAAAGGUCAAGUCUCACUUGCAAGAAAUUAUUAUAAAAUAUUUGCAACUUGCAAAAUGUUCCUUUUACCAACCAUUUCCAUUUCACUUUCCUUCCUCCUCUCUCUCAUUCCUGAAACUGCUCUUUGAAAUAAGCAAUACAUUGUGUCAUUAUUUCAUUCUGAUAGCAUUUCUGAUUUCACAAAUUCAAACAGAGAAGGCUUUCUGAAUAUUCAUGCUUGGAAGGGGCACAGGAAGACUAGUUAAGGGCCUCAAUUAAAAGGUUCAGGUUAGGAGUUCCCUUCAUGGUGUAGUGGAAACAAAUCCGACUAGGAACCAUGAGCUUGCAGGUUUGAUCCCUGACUUCGCUCAGUGGG